AUGUUUUUCUGGUUAUCAAACAAGAUGGCAGCCUCCAUGAAGAAACCGUCUGUAUCAUUUACGCUACCAAUUGCUUGUCAAAUCUGCUUAGGAAAGGUUAAAGAGCCGGUGGUCUGUAGCAACCAACAUGUAUUUUGUAACUCUUGUAUGGAGGUAUGGCUUCAGCACAGGUCUCAUUGCCCGACAUGUCGUAUCCCCAUUACAACAGAGAGCCCAUGCAAACAAAUCCUUGGUGGCCCCAGUUGCAGCGAAGGUUCGGAAAAGAGAAGGUCUACCCCAGAGCUCCGGAAGAUGAGAUUUGAGAUCCUACACAGGGAAUAUGAGGCUGAAAUUGAAACUCUCGAAAGUGAAGUGAAUAGGCUCAGAGCUAGAAAUUCUGAACUUGAAAAAUGCAAAUCCAAUGAGUAUCAACACCCCUCAACAUCAGUAGACCCGUCCACUUCAAAACUAACUUCAUCAGGUGGUUGUACUGACUUAAAGAAGCACCAGGUUGAUACCACUAGGAUAGAGGGGAGCUCAGAACAUCCCAGUCAAAAUAACAUCUCAGCAAGUAAUUUUCUUUUGCUGACACAGAAAUACAAGAAGAUUAGCCAUGUUUAUCAGAAGCUAAAGGCUGAGAUGGAAAGAAUGAGACAAGAUAGCAAUCAGUUGAGAGACACCAAUUCAGGUUACCUAUUAGAGAUUGGAAGACUGAAACAAUCACUCACAUGUAAAUCACCUAGAAAGUAUGAGAAGUAUGCCCAGGCAGCUCAACAGGCCAAGCUAGACAAGAGUGAGCAGGAGGUGAAGCAGUUGAAACGAGCCUUGGAACGUACUGAUGUCUAUGUGGAAGAACUAGAGUGCAAGUUAGAGAGAUAUAAACAAGCUCAUGGUGCUUCAGAAGCCAGGGCUAAUCUCUCUCUUGAACUUGAGCUGGAUAGUUUAAAUGUCGGACAGUCCAGGGAUUCUGACAAGGUUGGUGAAGAUAUCACUAAGUUUCCAGAGUGUCCUAGUGCAAGAGAUGACUGCUUGGCAGAAAGUCCUUUUAAGAUUGAAGGUGAUGAACCAGCAGCUAAGAGAUUUUACUCCAAUAAGGGAGUGACUCUGCAGUAUUCUCCCUCCAGUAGUGGUACACCUUCCACAAGUUGUUUAAGUAGGGACACCUCAUCUUCCCCUGAUCUAAUGCUUCAUGCAAAGUUCCAGGAGUCCUCUAGGAGUGGCAUUGUAAAAGGAUCAGGAAGGGACUCACUAUCUGAUGAUAGACCAAGCACAAGUUGUGUAUCUUCUACUACUCCUAGCAGUGCUUUCAGUUUCCUAAAGCUGAAUUCAGAUACCAAGUCCGUAAGUAAAGUUGACAGUCAGGACAAUGCUGCAAUGGAUGCAGAAAGAGGCACUUACUCCAUGUUGACCUCUUUAAAGAAGAGUCCAAGAAGACACCUGAAGUUCGACACCCAAACACAGUACUCUUCUAGAGAGCCACUGAAGAUUGAUCACACUGUGUCUGAAUCUGUUAGUUCUGCUACCGAUAACCCCAUUAACCCUGGUCAAAGAAAUGCUCUUGAUGUCAAAGGGAAAUCUCCUGUAAAAAGAAAGCUGGAUAAUACUAGUGAUGAUACAUUGAAUGAUCUGGAUUAUACAUUGACUGAAGAGAUUGUAGAAUGCACAAAGUUGUUGAAGGCUGCAGAAAGAAGGAUUCAGGAAAGGAAUGGUAAGAACAAUCUGGAUCCUUCAUCAUCAGGUAACAGCUCCUCAAGUUAAUAUGAGAGAUCCCAAUUUAGAUCUCAAACUUUGGCAAAUUUCAUGCAAAUUCUGAGAAGCCAAAAGUGGCAAAAUUUUUAUUAAUUUGUAUGUUUCUUAUGUUUACUGUGCUCUUUCUUAAUUCAUCGAUGGUGAAGACAAUCAUCCAUUUAUAUUUCCUAGACAAUUGUGAAUGAUUUGAGAGCCAAAUGAGCUAAAAUAUGAUAUCCCUACUGCUAGUGAUUUAUGUAACAAUCGACUAUCCAUACUUAAACCACAACUUUAAACCCAAGUUUAAGUUGAACCCGACUUCAGAAUACGGGCCAUUGUUACAAGAAUGUGCUGGGUCCUUUUUUCACCAAACUUUGCCAUUUCUUAGUGGUUAUUUUUUCUUAUUUCCCUCUUAAGCAACAUUAGUGAGGAAAAUAUGUUUAUUGAGGCUGGUCAAUUUUGCAAGUGAAUUUAAGCAGUUAUUCUUGUAAUUAUGUAUGUGUUGGGGAGGGGAAAAGAAAUUGGUAUGUGUUGCAUGACGUACGCCCGGGACAGACGCACGGUGCAAAUGGCUCCUUCCCCUUCAGACUUUUUUUUUUGCGGGGGGGGGGGGGGUGCUUUUUACUAAGAAGAAAAUUCUUAUUUUUUCACUGUAUUGUCCCCAGUCAUUCCGUAAUCCUCUCCUGAGCUGUGCAACACCAAAAUGCAUUUUCAUUGUGUUGUAUACAGAUCCAUAAUGUAUGGAUGGAAAUAGGUCCUGGUGGCAGUAUACAAAAUCUUUCAGUAUGACCUAGAAUUUGUACAUAUUUAAUCAGCAGCUAGGCAAGUAAAAACUUUAAUGAUGUAAAGUUUCUUAAUCAACAAUAUGAACAGAAUCAAAAUCCAGCCAAUAAUAUAUCAAUAUACAAAUAGUAAAUAAAUUCCCAUUCGUACAGGCACAUGUUGAAUGAGUCUUCUUUUCACACAUAAAUUGAAAGCAGCUCAUAGGGGUAGCAUAUGAUCAGGGCAGUACUAGAUAUGGGAUAGCCUACUUUUUUUUCUCCUAUAUGAUUUAGAUAAUUCACGUCCCAUUUUGUUUCUUCAUAUUUAUUUCAAGUCAUUCAUAUUCAAUGGCCCCUCGUGGUCAUGUUUUUUUUUUUAUAACUGUGUACAAAACAUAUACCAUCAGAUUGUGAUUUUAAAACAGGUAUGCGACCCCUGAUAUUAUGUUUAGCUAUUAAGAAAAGCUUUAUAAAAAAUGACCCUUGAGUAUUAAGUAUACAUGGCAGGUCCUUGGUGGUCUAAUUCAUCUUUUGUAUGAUUUCAUAUCAUUGUCUUUCUACCUUGUUUAAUAUAGUUGUAUUAGUUGCAUCCAUCAGUAGCAUUUAAUUCAGUAAAUAUUUGUGUCAUAUCUCAGGUCCAUUAGUAUUAUCUUUUUGUUGUUUCAAAAGCAAUACAUGUAUGUACAGUAUGAAUAAUGAUUUAGAUGAUGCAAGACAUGCUGGAAAUAUAAUUUGUACAUGAUUCUAAAA